CUUUCACUUCCUUUUUCAUUCCUAGUGCCCCUUACUAAGUAGGGGCUGGCCGCCCAGCCAGGCGGGGGGAGCCCCUUGGGGGUGGGGGCUGGAAGGUGUUGCUGUGACACCCGUCUACCGCGCCUGCUUUGCUUUGCAGCCGAUCCGAACCAGGUGCCUCUCUCCGGGCGCGUGGCGGCUUCCCGCCGCCGCCGCCGCCCCCGCGCCCAACCUGCGGCUGCGUCAGCUCCGCGACACCAGGCGGCAUCACAACAGGCAACUUGGAGACCUCCGACUUCAGCGCCAGCCAUGAACACUUGAUCCGGCCCCCGGGCUGCUCAGAGCCGCCCGCCGGGCCCUGGCGGAGAGGGCGCCGCGGCUGGGCUCCCUCCCCCGCUGUGGGCUUGCGCCGGGCUCCCCUUUCCCUGUCCCGCGCGGGGGGCGGGGGGGGGGGCUCUGCUGGGCUCCCCGGACCCCUCCCCCCGUGCGCUGGGGGCUCGGCUGGCCCCCCGCAGCGCCUUGUUGAUCCCCUUGCCUCUCUCCCGGCUGCGCCCCCGCCCCCAGCCUCUCCUGCGGCUCGCUCCUCUCUCCCGGUUGCUGUGCGUGUGUCUUGGGGGGGGGGGGUCCCCCGUUUUCCAAGCAGCGCCGUGUCCGCCCCCACCCCGCCUGCUCCUCCAUGGCAGGGCACGAGUGGGACUGGUUUCAGCGGGAGGAGCUGAUCGGGCAGAUUAGCGACAUCCGAGUGCAAAACCUCCAAGUGGAGAGGGAAAAUGUGCAGAAGAGAACCUUUACCAGGUGGAUAAAUCUACAUUUGGAGAAGUGCAAUCCUCCUCUGGAAGUGAAAGAUUUGUUUGUUGAUAUUCAAGAUGGGAAAAUCUUGAUGGCUUUGCUGGAGGUCCUGUCUGGGCAAAAUCUGCUUCAUGAAUAUAAAUCCUCAACCCAUCGUAUUUUUCGGUUGAACAACAUAGCUAAAGCACUGAAGUUUUUGGAGGACAGUAAUGUAAAACUGGUUAGCAUUGAUGCAGCAGAAAUAGCGGAUGGAAACUCUUCUCUGGUACUUGGACUAAUAUGGAAUAUAAUCCUGUUUUUUCAGAUUAAAGAACUGACAGGCAACCUCAAUAGGAACUCCUCCUCAUCCAGUCUGUCAUCUGGGCCCAGCGGGGCUGACUCAGACACAUCUCACCCGAGCACUCCUAAUAUAGAGAGAAGCAUGUCUGUUUCAGUGAAGGAUCAGCGAAAAGCAAUCAGAGCCCUUUUAACCUGGGUUCAAAGGAAAACCAGAAAAUAUGGUGUUGCAGUUCAAGAUUUUGCCAGCAGUUGGCGGAGUGGCCUUGCUUUCUUAGCUAUAAUAAAAGCAAUAGAUUCCAACUUGGUAGACAUGAAGGGAGCUUUGGAGAAAUCAGCCCGGGAAAACUUAGAGGAUGCUUUCAGCAUAGCACAAGAUAAACUUGGUGUUCCUAGACUUCUGGAGCCAGAAGAUAUAAUGGUUGAGUCACCUGAUGAACAAUCAAUUAUGACGUAUGUGGCACAGUUUCUGGAGCAUUUCCAAGAGAUAGAAGGGGAAGAUUUUUCGGAUCCUGAUAAGAAAAUCCCAGUUGAAGCCACAUAUGUCCAUAUCAAAGACACACCUUCAGAACAAGGGGGCAAGAUCUUGAUAUUGAAUGAAAAUGGAGAAUGUACGUACACUGUUAACCAUGAAAGGAGCCACUCUCCUCCUACAAAGAUUUGUGUCCGUGAUUUGCCUGAGGAACUCCAGUCAGAAAUUGCACAUGAAGAACUUAAUGACAAAUUGAAUCAACCGUUAUCAGAUCAUUCACAGGGAGUCUCAGAGGAGUCAUUGGUUUUGUUAUCUGCAGAAGAACCUCAGAGGCCUACCUCUUUGCAGAUUACAGGAUCUAUCAGUUUUGACUCCAGUUCCUCUUGGGAAGUUCUUAGCGAUAAACUGAUUCAGAAUGAAGGGAGCAUAUCUGAUGAUCAACUGAAACAGAAUGAUGAACUUUCAGCAACUGUUUUAACUGAUCAGAAAAAUGCUGCUGACACAGUUGAUUCAGAAUCAUUUUCUAAAAAAGAAUUUACUAUAAAGAUGUCUCUUGAAUGCAACAAUGAAAUUAAGGACUCACUAGUCAACAAAACAUGGGAUAGUUGUUCUUUGAGCCCAUUAUCUCAGACUUCAGAUGGACAUAUAAAUGAACCAACAAAUCUAGUAGAAAACACUGAACCCAUAACUUCAACUUUUCUACAGGAAAAUGCUUCCAAAGAAGAGGAUAUACAUAAAUAUGUUUUGUGUCUACUAGAUGAAGAAAUACCUAAACUUCCAGAUGGGUAUGAACAUCUAAAACAAUCACCUGUUUUUCAGACAGUACAAGAUACCAGUUGUUCACCCAAGGAUUCUGAUCUCAAAGGUCAAAUGGAAAUAUCUUUGUCCUGCAAAUCUGAAAAUUCAACCCCACCAGUUACAAAAAUUCCUGAGAAUCUCGAUAUUCAUAGUGAAGGUGGAUCUUCAGCUAAAAUGUCACCAAAUUCUUUGAAAGUUUCUGUAAUUCCACAUGAUCUUUUCUACUAUCCACAUUACAAUGUUCCCAUAUCAGCAGUUUUGGAAGCUUUUGCUAAGCCUAGUCCUGCCUCUUAUGUUUCUGAAAACAGCAAAAUCUGUGAUGAGCUAUCAAUGAAUUAUUUGCAUGAAGGGGAGCCAUUGGUACUAAACAAUGAAGAAGGCAUUCUGGAGCCAGGUCUGCAAACCAACCUGAGUGUCUCUCCAGCAGAAAUGGAUGUUGAGGACACGGAAGAGGAGAAAGUGGAUCCUGACAGUCCCACUAAGUCCUUCUCUGAAAAAGUACAGGGUGCCCUAACAGGAAAGAAUGUGGAACUCAAGGAAGACACCAGUAUAUCCACAAACUCUCAAGAUUCUACAAAUCCAGAAAAUCCUGAGGUCAUGGUAGACCAGUUGGAGGAUACAUCGUCAGCAAUGGUGAGAUCAGAAAUAAGCAGUAAAAGGAAGGAAAAAAAGAAAAAUGUGAUCCAAGCAGAAAACUUUCGGACUUUAGAAACGGGGACUCCACAGUUACCUGAUAAAGGAAAAGAAGAAAUCAUUGAUUAUCAGGAGUUUUCCAAAGUUAGCUACAGCGACUCCAGUGUUUACCUCAGAAAAAGGAUUCCUAAUCCCACUGAAAAGGAAUACAUUAGUGAAAACAAACAGAAGAACACAGACGUGAAUGAAAGCACAAAUCUGUUAAUUAUCAGGAAGAAAAAAGACUUAGAGGCUCCAGAGAAUGCUAUUCCACCUUCUGAACCUCCAUGUGUAGAGCAACCCGAGUUAUUUUACUUCAUUGUUUUCCUCUGGGUACUGGUCUACUGCCUGUUGCUCAUUCCGCAUCUUGUUAGCAAAAAACUUUGAUCUCACUGAGUGUGGGAAUAAUAAAAGACAGUGGCUUGAUUUUUUUCAUGUGUAUGCAUAUAAAUCGGUUCCUUCAGGUGAAGCACAGAAAAAUAUAGGGCCUGAUUUUAAAGCUGAUACGAAGAUUAGUCUUAACUUACUAUUGUGCUAUUUAUAAUGUUGUAGCACAUUUUAUAUUGUGACAUUGUGUAGAUAUAUAUAUAGAUAUAGAUAUAUAUGAAAAUGGGAUGAUUUAAUAUACACAAUUUUUAUACAUUUGUGCCUUGCUUUAUAAAAUGCUAAAUAAAAUGGAUAAUUAUUAGUAGAGACACAGAUGAUUUAGAGCUCCACUCUUCAAAAAUGGUUCUUCAAAAAUUGUUCCUCUGGCUACACUUAUUUACCUAGGGCCAUGUAGCUGUGAAAGAAAGGUAAUGUGUGACUUCAUGUCAAAGCUUGGUCAUCCACGUGGGCAGGGCUUGAAAUAAGAUCUUUUCUGUAUUUCCAGUGGAAAUACUUUGGUAGAAGAAGCUUAACCUUCCUCCAUCAAUUAUUCUUCCAUCAUGUGUUUUGAUUUCAGUUGAAAGGACUUUUCAAACACAUGGGAGCAGAUGCUGAUCUCAGUUGCACCUAUAACGUCAUUGACUUCAGUGAAAUUGCAUCAGAAUUACACCAGCGUAACUGAGAUCAGAAUUUGGCCCAUAUUUUUACUAUGUCUGGGCAGAGGAAUUGCAAAUAUAAAUCUUGCUAUAUUUAUUAAAAACCUAAAAUGCUACCAAAACAAGAUAUUCUGUUGCACACACUUAUCCUGGGAAUAUUAUGAGAGAACAAACAGUACAUGACAGAUGUAUAGUCAUGCAUUACUAGAAGGCACUCAGAAUCUGUGUUGAUGAGCAAGGAAUAAGAAUCUAUAUACAACAGAAAAACUUGCCCCAAGUCUGGAAUGAAGGUGAAGAAGAGCUAAUACAUUUCCAUUAGCGAAGUACAAGGAAACAUUAUUCUGAGCCUUGGUAUAGAUGAAGUGAUGAUUAUGAAGUUUGUCUUUUCUGCAAGUUUUCCUUUGAAUUCAGAUUUAUUGCUAUCCUCUCAUCUUUUGAUAUCGUACCCUCUAUAUUAGCAGAUUGGCUGUGGAAAAAAGAAAGAUCAAGGCAGCUGCUUACCAGAAGAGAUUUAAAGGGAGGAAAGGAGAGCCUGGUAUAGAGACUUUGAUAGAGGAUACCUCAGGAAACAUUGACAUUUCUUCUUUCUAUACACUACUGACAAAGAGGCCACCCUCUAAAAUAUCUUUCAAGGAGCAUUUCUCUAAAAUAAAUGAUUAAUCAUUCACUCCAAAGCAGAUUUUUACAGAAGGAAAACAUCAGUUUGGAUCUCUUGCCUCUUCUGUUGAUUUAACUACUUCCUUGUCCUUUACCAUUCAGCCUCUGGAUCAGCUGCAUCAGUGAAUUGCACAUAUCAGAUCAUAUGAAGACCCUGCCUUUGAAGACACCAAAAAUAAUAAAAAACCCAGGUUGUCACCUUCUGAGGUGAAGGUGCAACUCAAGAGGAUUACAAGCACUGAGAUCAAUGGGGGAAGAAAUGACUUGGAGAAAUAGAUCCAGAAAAAUGUCGGCAGCCUAUAUUUCUUCUCUCUGAAAAUCUCGAGUACAUAUGAAGGGACUCCUAUCGCCAGACAAAUAGCAAAAAUCCUGGCUUGCAUUUGGUCUUAUUCUUUUGAUCAAAAACAGCAUAGAAAUGGGACAGUAAAAGUGUGAAGACAUCAGUGAUUUCUUUAUAGCUUAUACUGAGCUUUUUAGCCAGAAUGGGAAUCAGGUAUAAGCUUGGGGUCGCCUACUUGGCAGUAGCAAUGACUACACCAGAAAUACCAUAGGUAGAAGUUAUCUGCCACCACAGGCACAUUUUGACUUCACUAUGCCCUGAUGAUGACAUGUAAUGCUGCUGGUUCAGUUUGAACAUCCAUACGUCAGACCACAGAGUCUGAUAAAAAAAAAAAAAGAUGUUUCAUGGGCUUGCACUCAACUUUGUUAGAAUAAAAGGUAUUUAUAAUAAGAGGCUGUAUGUUUAAGAUUCCCUUUGAGUACGCUAUUUUUAGUGCUCAUCUUAAAUAAAAGCUCUUUGGGGACAGGACAUAUGUACUUGAAUGUUAAGCACUUCAUUUGCAUAUGCUUUGAAGUUGUUAAAGGCUUGCUGUCUGCUGAGUAUUUCCUUAGUUGCACAUUGCACUAAAUUAUUGUAUAGGUUCUUGAUAUUAGCUUGUUAUUACCUCUUUCAGUAACACCUCAUCUUGGAGGUGCAAUUAGGAUUAGAGGAUAAUGCUGUAUAGGAUGAUAGUUUAAACACUUGGGGUGAAAUCCUGGCCCAUUUAAGUCAAUAAGAAUAUUGCCACUGUUAUCACUGAAGCCAGGAUUUCACCCUUGGGCUCUUUCCAUCUGUCCAUAAUAAGGAUCUUCUAGUCCUUUGCCAACAUCAGACGAGAGUAGAGAUGGGUGCAAGCCAUAAAUUUGAGAAGCAGAUUCAGAUCUGGACUUCACCCAAAAUUUGAGGGGAAGUAGGUCCAAAGUUUUGGUUCAGGCCUGUUUCUAGAAGAGAGAUGACAGAAUUGAGAAAAGUCCCUGCAUAACUGGCACUUCUCUGGAGGAACUCUGGGGAUCAUGGAUAAAGUCUCACUGCCUUUGUUAAAAAGAAAAAAAAAAGUAUCAGAAACCAGACACUUUUUGUUGAUCGAACAAUUAGACAAUAACUGAUUUUUGUAUUGUGACAUUUACUUCAUGCAGCUAUCCCUGAAGUCUGAUGGGUUAUUUAAUAACUAGUGGCCAAAAGCCUGUGCUGUUGCCUGGGUAUGGCAGCUGGGCCAAGUAAUCCAUCAUCUGUGCAGUCUCCCUAUAUAACCAAUCAAAUUGUUGGAUGCAAGUUAGCUGUAGAGUAAGGGCAGUGAUUGGUUGAGUCACCUCUGAUAUCACAAUCGGCUAGGACUUUGGGCAUGGCAUAGAUACAUGCCUUACUAUAGCUGUAUGCUGAACGGAUGUAAUUUGUGAAGUCAAAAUGGCUGAAUACUUAAAAAAUAGACAAUAAGAGGCCACGAAUUUCAGUGAUGGUUGAACCUGGUGAUAGUCUGAACAAGAAAAACUCAUAGCCAUGCUUGCAUAUGUUUCCAUCACUUCGCACUGACUCAAACAUUUUAGGUUUCAAUGACACACACAAUGACAAUUCUGGAAUCUUCAUAUUUAGAUAAAUAUCUUGUGUUGAACUAGUACCUUUUCUCCCAGAGGAUCCCUUUGCAAAAUGAGACUCACUGCACCCACUUCUGAAGUGCAGCCAAUUCUGAGGUAGUGUAUAGCAGCUGUUUAACACACAUAGGAACACUAUACAGUAAUUUAGGGCAAAAGACUUCACUUCUCUGUAACAUUUGGUUAACGCUAUAGGGAGACUCCUGUUCAUGACAAAUUCUUGAAUAGGUUAUUUUAUCAUGCUCUUUCUGGUUCUUGCAAGACUCUUGAGCUUCAAGAGAAAUCGCUUGGAACUUGGAUAUAAUCUCCUGUCUCCCAAAUAUUCAGAAAGCUGGCAUUGUUAUAACAAAGAAACCAAACAUCCCUCCCCAAAAAAUUGAUUUCACCUAGAGGAGUUCAUUGGAUGUCUCAAGGAGAUAAACAAUGUCAUCCAUAAAGAUCAUUAUGAUAACUCAGAAACUAUAUAACACAGCUUAAUGCCAGUAGUGUCUGUUUUCAUAGUGGUAGCCUUCUCAGUCUGUAUAAGCAAAAACAAUGAGGAGUUCUUGUGGCACCUUAGAGAAUAACAAAUUUAUUUGGGCAUGAGCUUUCAUCCUUGCCAGGAAAUACAUGGCCACAAGGACAGCUAUAUUAUUUUCCAUUCCACCCCACUGAUCUACUCAAGCAACAGAUCAUGCAGAUUAAACCUCAUAUAGUCUGCAGCUGUUGUCUUAAACAUCAUGCAGUUAAUAACAGAUCAUUCAGAUUAAACAAUGCUAUCAAAGCUAUCCCAUGAACAGAGGUGGGGGUUGGGUUAUGUCCCUUUGUGUUAAAAGGAUGAGUACAGUUCUAGAUGGACUCAGGAUGUAUUGGGCUGUUUUCACUGCUACAAAAUUAUUCAGCUGUUAAGUAAGGGGACUGAGGAUAAAGAACAAAAGGUGAUUCUUACUGGUGUGAUUAACCUCUGAUGAAUUCCUUAUCUGACCGAUCAGUCCUCAUCCUCAAAGGAACUCUGCACAACACUUUCGAAAGAUGAGCCUGGGAGCUUAAAUUCAUAACUCUGCUAGACACUAAAAAUCAUGGUCUUAAUAGGGACACUGGAUUUAGGGCUUAUUAUAUACAACAAUCUGUAACCCACUAACCCUCCUUUUUGUCCUAAAACUACAGGGAUGUUAACAUGACAAUUCAGCUUGAAUGGCCCCCUAUGUGCUAACUACUUAUGCUAAACCAUCUGUUCAAUCUUGUUUUUAGCUGUGACAUUGUUAGUACCUUUCCCCCAACCUGAAGAAGAGCUGUGUGUAGCUCGAAAGCUUGUCUCUCUCACCAGCAGAAGUUGGUCCAAUAAAAGAUAUGACCUCACCCACCUUAAGGAACACUCAGUCUAUUGCAAUACUCGGCACUGGACACAAAUGCACCCAUUUAAGCACUCAAACCCUUCAUUCCACAUGCAGCAUACUUAAAAUGUACCAAUGCAUUUUACCUGUAAUUAGAUGUUGUGUACUCUAUUGGUAUGUUGCAACCUGGGAGCCUGAUCUUGAAGUCUUUACUUUGGAAAAACUCCCAUUUACGUUAAUAAGAGUUUUGCCUAAAGAAUGCAGGACUAGCCAGGGGUAUCUGAUGUUUUAAUACCUAGUGGGCAAUGUCAGCAGCAGUAAGAAUGUAGCUUGCCAAAAAUGAGGAGAGAUUAAAAGUGGGUGAUUAAACCAGAGGACUAGGAUUCUUUAAUUCUGUUCCUAGCUGUAAGAAAAGGAGUACUUGUGGCACCUUAGAGACUAACAAAUUUAUUAGAGCAUAAGCUUUCGUGAGCUACAGCUCACUUCAUGAGCUGUAGCUCACGAAAGCUUAUGCUCUAAUAAAUUUGUUAGUCUCUAAGGUGCCACAAGUACUCCUUUUCUUUUUGCGAAUACAGACUAACACGGCUGCUACUCUGAAACCUGUUCCUAGCUGUGUAACAUUGAUCUAGUCACUGAGGCCAAAGUUGUCAAUCUGAGUGUCUAAAGUUAGACACACAAAUCCAUAUUUAGGCACUUAACUAAGCCCUGCUUCAGGGAAGCAUUUAAGCACAUGCUUAAACCUAGGCAUGUACUUACUUAAGUGCCCUUCCUGAACAAGGAUGUGUUCCUGAAUUGGGGCCUCAGAUUUUGACUCAUGGAUGCCUAAAUCCUUUUUGAAAAUGAUAUGUAGGCUCUAAAUCAAUUAGGCAUUGUGACACUGAGUGCAGCAAUGCCUAAUUACCUUUAGUAAUCUGGGCCUAUAUAAAAAAGGAUUUGAAAUUUAAGGAGGAAAUUUCAUACAAAUUAUCUGGCAGAUUCUUACUCCAUUUUCAGCUGCAAAAUUAGGAAUACACAUUAUCAAACUGAAAAUUAAUGCACCCCUUACCAAAUAGAUAAUAAUGGGUCAGCACCAUGGGUGUGACACAUACAAGUUUAAUUUGUGUAGCCUUAAAAAAUACAGUCCCAUUUUAAAUACCAUCAAUAUUUUUGAUGGAUUGAGCUCUAAAACUUAUUUUAGUGGAAUUUCUACAGUGUAAUUGAAGUGUCUACAGAAUCUUAUCGAAAGCUUAAAAGUUCACUAAGAAAAACUGUUUUAAAGAUGAAAUAUUAUUUUGUAUCAGUGAUUUAUCUAUAUUUGAAAGCUGUAAAAACAUUUUAAGAGUAUCUGUAUAAUUGUAUGAAUGUUAUACUUAUUAAUCAUUGUAAAUCAUGAGAAAAAUAAUAUUAAAAAAGUAAUCAAUUUCAUGCAUAAUAAGACAUGACUAAAUAACUGCAAAUAUGAGUCAGGUGAGUCAAUGAAUAGUAGUCUUGAAAAAUAUGGUGAAUGAGCAUAUAAAACUAUAUAAUACAAUCUUUAAAAUAGAUGCUUUACCGUUUUUGUUUUGUGGUAAAACUUGUUGUUAAGGUUGCAAAAUACACUAAGUGAUGAACCACUUUUCUUCACUGCAUUCUUAGCUUUUUAAAAUAAUCAUUUGGGGGGUUGAAAUUUUCCAUGUAUUGCUCAAAACACUGCUCUCAUCUAAAGAAAUGUAAAUUCGGAAUAACUCUAUUGAUGUCAAUGAAUUUAUUAUGAUUUUAUACAGAUGUAACCAAUGUACAGUGCCCGAUUGAUUUCAGUGGGACUUCACGCAGGUGCAGGAGUUCACCUGCAUUGAUCCAAUUGCAGGACCAGGACCUUAAAGAAAUGGGGUCUUUUAUAAGUGAACACUUAGCAAUGUAAUCUAAUAGUUGAUUAAUCUGUGCCAGCUUUAAGGAUUUAGGGCUAUAUCCUGCCAAGGUAUUGAGUGUGUCCUAUGAGAUCUAAGUGUCCUCAACUUCCAUUGAAGUCAAUAGGGCAUGUUGGCACUCAGCAGCUUCAAGAUCAGAACUUUAUGGUGGCUUUAAAUCAAUUUAAGUACAUACACCAUAAUGCAGAAUAAGAGCACCUGCCACUUUAAGAGCCAGCUCACUUAGGUCCGUAUUCACUUAAUAGUCUCAUUCUCUUCAGUGAGUCUCCUGGUGUGAACAAGAUGAUUUAUUUGCAUGAAUAAGAGUUGCAGGAUCAGAACCUUAGUCUUUCAAGCAAGUUAAUAGAGACUUUUUACCUCUUUCCCCCCCCACCACAAGAGAAAAAAACCAGGGAAAUUAAAUGCAAAAAUGUGCAAAUGCAAUAUUAAGAUUGCACAGUUAAUGUGGGUAUCUAAAAGCUCACAAAAUGCAGGAGUGAAGAUGGGACAGGUUAGCAUUGCUGUAGGAACCUUACAUUUUCCAUUUCCUAAUGUCCUUAUUUAUUUACUUUGCAACCUUAACACUGCAGUAAAAAAGAUUUUUUUUCAAGAAGCAAUACUGUGUGUCAGUGAUAAUACCACUUCAGUGACAUCUAAUUUUUAAUUGUUAUAAUCCUCUCUUCAAUAAGAAUAUGAGUUGCACUUUUUUUUUUUAACAGCGCAAAACUGCCAAAGCUGUACAGUGAAGGGGUGGAUCUUUAGAUAUUAAUUUAAAAAUAUGUGGGAAAGUAUCAUCAGAAUGCCUAAUUCAUUUAUAUCAUUUAUUUAAACAGAACCCAACAAUAAGGCAUGGGAGGGAAAUGGAAUCAUGCUUCUUAUUUUUAGGAACCUUGGAUGAUCCCUUUACUCUCAAGAGCUAAAGCCAUGUUCAUUUCUUGAGUGACCAUCAAAGCAUUGUUCUUUCACUCUGAACUCUUUGUCAGAAAAAGUGUCCUUCUUCAGUAGAAUUUCUGCUGCCCCCUUUCCAGGCAAUGGUUAUUGCUGGUAAAAGAAAAUGAGAAUUACACCUUAUUUUCACACUCUGAAGGAAACAUUAGGCUUACGUUAGCAAUAGCUAUGUCUGCUUAAGGGACAUGAAAUCACCCUUUAAGUGGUGGUUACUAUAUUUUUAACUGCUAUAUGAGAAGAAAAUAAAAUGGCACUAAGAGCCUGAUUUGUGGUUUUACUGCCAGGGAAUGGGAAACAAUUUCACCUCACGAGAAUAAUAAAAACAUGCCCAUUGAACAAGGACCAGAUUCUGAUAACCUUGCUCAUGUUCUGUGGUACCUUACUCCACAAGUAGCCUCAUUAGUUUUAGUGGGACUUCUUGUAAUUUCUUUGGGGCAGGGCCCAACUCAUUGUUUUGUGUUUAUACAGGGCCUAGCCCAACGAGGUCCUAGUCCAUGACUGGGGCUCCUUGAUGCUAUAGUAACAAAUAAAUAAUAAUAAUGUCUGGUUAGGUGCCCUCAAAACAAUGACGGGUGGAGAAUCUCAUCCCGAUGACUAAAAUCCAUCCUUAGAAAUCAGUGAUCCAGUCUCUUCACUUUUUUUUUUUUUUUUUUGAGAAACAUGGAAUAAUGUAUUACUUUUGUUUAGUCAAACCCUUCUGUUUUUAAUUAUAAGAAUCGGACCAUCUUCUUUCUUUUGUAAUCUCAUUAUAAUUGACUUAACGGGCCAUAACUUAACUGUUGCUUCAGGUAUGCCAACACUUUCAGCUAUCUUACUCUUACCUGUAAAAUGCAGAUGAACUUACUUUUGUUACUGUUUUCCAGUUUAAAUUUUAAUAUGUAAAGUGCUAGCUUGCUGAAGGAGUUAGAGGGACUUUUGUGCCAGGAGUAAACAUCCAUCAGCAAACUUAAAUGAAUGUCCAUUUAUUUUUAAUUAGCUCCCUUUCUUUAGCUAAUUGUCAAGGAUGCUGGUUAUUUAAAUGAGUGUUUGCUGCCUCACCAUCAAACCAACUCUGUGCAAGUUGUUCAAAUAUAUGGUCUUGAUCAUACUUUGCUGGAGAUUCUCUUAAAUAAAUUAUCCAGUUUGUAUUUGUGGAGAAGUCUUAACUAUAUCCCCUAAUAACAAAGCUUAUGUAGCAUCACUGUGUCAAAUUCUUCAAUUUGGUUACAUUAAUGCAAUUCCACUGAUCUGAUUGCUAGACCCAUUGACUUGUUCCAGGGAGAUAACUGAGAGCACACCUUGGCCCUGUUUGUUUUAUAGACACACACACUUCCAUUUUAUUGAAUAGCGAGGAGAAUUUGAAACUAUAAAUGGUAUUAAAAAGGACGUAUGUAUUUAAAAGACAAUGAAGUUUAUAUAUAAAUACUUCUGAAUAUUUUCUUGGUCAGUGCUCCACCCUGAAUGUUUGCAAUUAUUGUUCAAAGCUGAUUUUUGUGAAGGAAAAAUUAAGAGAAAUUAAAAUGUUUUGUGUAUAGUAGAUACAAAUAGCAAAAAGAGAUUACUUUUAGAAACUUGAUCUGUAAUCAGACUAGGAUGCAAGAGUGAAUAGCUUAAAAUUUUAUUUUAUAAAACCUCCAAUUUUGAAAUAAACUGA